GUCAAUUCACAUUUUAUAUAUCACACACCCGAAUUCUCUGCUACUGAAGACUGGAAGUGAUUGCCUAUAUUAGUUAAACACAAAUUCAAGAUUCAAAUUGAUUAUCUCUACAUUGUUUAACACGAACUAAAGCGAAAAUUACGAAAACAGAGUGCAGUUAGAUGCCCACCACUCAUUGUCUAAUCCUAAAAGUUUCAACUCCCCCGAACAGAUACCACUGAUUCCAACAACCCCAUCUGAAUCCCCUCCACUGUCCCUGUCGGAAUCAUGCUCUCCAAAUGUUUGAGCCUCCAUCUCCAUCCCCACCACCAUCGCCAUGCCCUUUUCUUCUCAGACCCCAAGAAACCUGAUUCGCUUUUCAAGAACCCUCUUUUUCCUACCAAGUUAACUGAAAAAACUCCCACCUCGCUCCAGACACAGUCUAACUCUGCUAUGGUAAAAAGAUGGUCCAAACCCAUCUCCCAGUUUGAUGACUUUGACCCUGAUCCCACUCUCGCCAACGAUGAUCUGAAGCCAACGACGUCGGCUCAGAGGACUUUUUCUGGGCUGGAAAUGGCCAGUUUGUGGGUCGGAUUAGUGGUGGGAGUGCCGUCGUAUUACCUGGCUGGAAGCCUGGUUGACCUUGGAAUGGCAUGGUGGCAGGGAAUCGCCGUCGUCGUCGCGGCGAACUUAAUCCUGUUAUUCCCGUUAAUACUGACGGGCCAUCCGGGGACACGAUUCGGAAUCUCUUUCCCGGUUUUGGCUAGAUCGUCGUUCGGAAUUCGGGGCGCCCAUAUUCCCACUCUCCUUAGAGCACUGGUUGGCUGUGGUUGGUAUGGGAUUGAAUCAUGGAUUGGGGGUGAAGCAAUUUUCCUUCUCCUCCCGAGAAUCAUCGAAGAAUCAACCUUUGCAAAACCCUUGUCUUGGCUUGGAACAUCCCCUCUUGAAUUCGCCUGUUUCAUUACAUUUUGGGUGGCGCAGUUGGGAAUUGUGUGGAAAGGAAUGGACGGAAUCAAGGAACUGGAGAAGUACUCUGCCCCGAUUCUCAUUCUCCUUACUGCUUGCCUUCUCAUCUGGUCAUACAUCAGGGCUGGAGGAUUCAGCCACAUGCUCUCAUUAUCUUCCAGGCUAUCAAGUUCUGAAUUCUGGGCUCUCUUCUUCCCUUCACUCACAGCAAACAUAAGUUUCUGGGCCACUGUGGCCCUUAACAUCCCGGAUUUCACCCGCUACGCCAAGACACAACGCGCUCAAAUCAUGGGACAGGCUGGCCUACCGAUCUUUAUGGGCUUAUUCACGUUCGUAGGCCUAGCAGUAACCUCAUCGACCAAAGUGAUAUUCGGGAACGUGAUUUCCAGUCCAAUCCAACUCCUGGGAGCAAUUGGUGGAGUUUGGACCAAGAUUUUAGCCAUCUUAGGCAUAAGUCUCGCCGUCAUUACUACCAACAUUGCUGCCAACGUUGUGGCUCCUGCAAACGCAUUAGUCAACCUGAGCCCUUCCAAGAUCACAUUUCAGAGAGGUGCACUAAUAACAGCACUGCUCGGGAUUGCAUUCCAGCCCUGGAGGCUUCUCCAGUCGAGCGAAAGCUUCGUCUACACAUGGCUGGUUGGAUAUUCUGCAAUCAUGGGACCUAUUGGUGGCAUAAUUCUGGCGGAUUAUUACCUGAUUCAGCGGGCAGAUUUGAGUAUCAAGGAUUUGUACACCUUGAGUCCGACAGGGGCUUAUUACUACUUUGGUGGAUACAAUUUGGCAGCAAUCGCCGCUUUGAUCUUAGGCAUUUUGCCUGUGAUUCCAGGAUUCUUGCACAAGGUUGGGAUUUUAGGUUCUGUCUCAGACACAUUUACUGUAAUUUACAACAAUGCUUGGUUCUUUAGCUUCUUCUCUGCCGGAAUCAUACACUGGAUACUUCGGUCACUGAUGAGCAAGCGGAGUAAUCAUCAGGACACGGAACCUCUGCUGCCUGAUAGUACAUCUUAGUUCAGAGAUAGGCCCAACUGAAUCCUGGGCUUGCCUGUAUUAUUGAUCAUGUUGGUAUCAGCCCAACUUUGUUUUAUUACUUAAAUUUGUAUGAAUUGUACAAAUACAGAAUUUUUCUUUGUAAAGGAUCGAAAGGGAUGUUUUUUGUGUUACUUCCAGGAAAGAAAUGUAGAUA